GAUAUUAUGAUAAUAAAUAAAAAUUAUUUAUUAAUUUGUUAUUAAAACCAUCAUUUACUAUAGUUUAUAAUUAUUAAUUAUUGUUAAAUAGUGGGUACUGCUACAGCGAACUAGUGUUAAAUGUAAUUGUUGGUUAAUGACAUUGAUUGGUGUUAAGUUUAGUAGACUUCUGCUCUGUACGCUCAAUAUAAACCGGUUUUUAUUCUCAAUUGAAUUAAUUAAGUUUUUACCUGAUGGAUUUCACGACAAAUAACUGAUCGAGUUCUAUUCUCAAUUAUAAUGGGCAUUUACGGUGUGUACAUUGUAUCCAAAUCGGGUGGGCUAAUAUUCAACUACGACUAUACAGUGCCAAAAAUUGAAACUGAACAGACGUUUAGUUAUCCGUUGGAUUUAAAAUUGUCAUAUGAAAAUAACCGAUUGUUGGUGUCAUUUGGUCAGCGAGACAACAUCAAAGUUGGUCAUGUUUUAUUGGCAAUCAAUGGAAUUCCUGUGUCUGGCAGAAAACUAGAAGAUAACAAAGAUGCAUUAGAAAUGUUGGAUGAUGCUGCUAAUUAUCCACUUAAUUUGAAAUUUGGUCGACCAAAGAUGACUGUCAAUGAAAAGAUAUUCCUAGCUAGUAUGUUUUAUCCGUUGUUUGCGAUUGCAUCACAAUUAAGUCCAGAACCCAGAAGUUCUGGAAUUGAAACAUUGGAGGCUGAUACAUUUAAACUGCAAUGUUUUCAAACUUUAACUGGAAUAAAAUUUAUUGUUAUUGCUGAUCCAACACAUACUGGUCUUGAACAACUUCUUAAGAAAAUUUAUGAGAUAUAUGCUGAUUUUGCCUUAAAAAAUCCAUUCUAUUCUUUAGAAAUGCCUAUUCGAUGUGAAAUGUUUGAUACUAAUUUACAAGCUCUUCUGGAACAAGCUGAUAAAAAUGUCAACAAGAUAUAAUUAUACGUCCAGGAGCAUGGUGUGGCACAGUUUUCAGCCGCAGUCGUCUUCCGGGUGCUGCGGUUAAGCUGCAUUUUGCGUUACUAGUUUUUUGGAUGGGUGACCAUCUGACCAUCCUAGAAUUCAGCAACGAAGCAUCUACGGAUGACAUGUUUUGUUCCAUUAU